AAACACGCCGCCGAGGUCAUGUCGUGGCAGGAGAAGAAGUUGGAGUAUGAGAAUCGCAUGGCCCGAGCGAGGGGCAAAAAACUCGACACUCUCAAGACCUGCACGAUCUGCGGCGCCGACAAAGCCAAGGCGUGCCAAGGGUGCGGCACGACGGCCUACUGUUCGACGGACUGUCAACGCAUCGACUGGCGCGACCGGGGCCACCGGAAGGUCUGCAAGAAUUUCCAGGCCGCGGAGGCGGCGCGGGCCGAGGCGCCUACGCCCCCGCCGUCGCCGCCGCGGGACGUGUUCUACGGCCCCGCGCCGCGGUCGCACGCCGAUGAGGUCCGCGCGCGCAUCGCGGCGGAGCACGAGGCCGCACGCGCCCUGCGCGAGGCGAACCCGGAGCCGGAGCCGAAGUCGGCGCGGUUCGGGUCGCGGUGCCCGAUCUGUUUCGAGCAGUGGGACGUGAAUGAUUCGGGCGUGCUUCGCGCCUGUUGCUGCCGGACGGUCUGCCGAUCGUGCUCGGACAAAAUCGGCUUCAGCGCGUGUCCCCUCUGUCGCAUACCGUGCCCAAAAGACGAUGCGGAGCUGCUCGCGCGUCUGCGCCGCCAUGUGGAGAACGACGUGCCGGAAGCGAUUACGUUUUUGGGAAUCGCGUACCGCCGCGGUCACUUCGGCCUCGUGAAGUCCGAUAAGAAAGCCGCAAAAAUUUGGAAGCGCGCCAUGGAGCUCGGAGAUGUGGACGCGAUGGUAUAUCUUGCGGAGAUGUACGAGAAGGGGUUGGGCGUCAAGCUGGACAAGAAGAAGGCGGAGCGGCUGUUUCGCAUGGCCGCAGAUCGGGGCGACGCGCUCGCGCAAACCUGUUUAGGGGCUUUCCUUCAUUCUCACGAGAAAUGUGAAGAAGCGGUCCGGUACUUCGCGCUCGCGGCGGAUCAAGGUUUUACCUCUGGAGAGUAUAACCUUGGCUGCUGUUACCGCGAUGGAAGAGGCACGGAAGUCGACCUCGGCAAAGCCAGAUACUGGUUCGAGCGCGCCGCUGCCAAGGGCCACGAGAAAGCUAUAGAGAACCUGGACCUCGCGGCCCUCGAUGGUUGCGGCACGACGGCCUACUGUUCGACGGCCUGCCAACGCAUCGACUGGCGCGACCGGGGCCACCGUGCGGUGUGCAAGAAGAUCCAGGCCGCGGAGGCGGCGCGGGCCGAAGCGCCGACGCCCCCGGCGUCGCCGCCGCGGGACGUGUUCUACGGCCCCGCGCCGCGGUCGCACGCCGACGAGGUCCGCGCGCGCAUCGCGGCGGAGCACGAGGCGGCCCGCGUGCGGCGCGAGGCGAACCCGGAACCGGCGCCGGCGUCGGCGCGGUGGGGGUCGCGGUGCCCGAUCUGUCUCGAGGACUGGGACGUGAAUUCUUUUGGCGUGUUUCGCACCUGCUGCUGCCGAAAGGUCUGCAAGUCGUGCGAGAAUAAGAUCGGCCUCGGCGCGUGUCCCCUCUGUCGAUUGCCAUGCCCAAAGGACAAUGCGGAGCAGCUCGCGCAGCUUCGCCGCCAUGUGGAGAACGAGGUGCCGGAAGCGAUUUCGUAUUUGGGAAUCGCGUACCGCGAAGGUUACUACGGUCUCGUGAAAUCUGAUAAGAAAGCCGCGAAGAUUUACCGGCGCGCCGUGGAGCUCGGGGACCUGGAAGCGACGGUUAACCUUGGGACAUUGUACGAGCAUGGAAGUGGCGUCAAGCUGGACAAGAAGAAGGCGGAGCAGCUGUAUCGCACGGCCGCAGAUCGCGGCGACGCGGUCGCGCAAAACAAUAUAGGGGCUUUCCUUCAUUCUGAGAACAAAUUUGUAGAAGCGUUCCGGUACCUCGCGCUCGCGGCGGAUCAAGGCUAUACCUCUGCAGAGAACAACCUUGGCAUUUGUUACAUGGACGGAGAAGGCACGGAAGUCGACCUCGGCAAAGCCAGAUACUGGUUCGAGCGCGCCGCUGCCAAGGGCCACGAGCCAGCUAUAGAGUGGUGCGGCACGACGGCCUACUGUUCGACGGACUGUCAACGCAUCGACUGGCGCGACCGGGGCCACCGCAAGGUCUGCAAGAAGAUACAGGCCGCGGAGUCGGCGCGGGCGGAAGCGCCGACGCCCCCGCCGUCGCCGCCGCGGGACGUGUUCUACGGACCCGCGCCUCGGUCGCACGCCGACGAGGUCCGCGCGCGCAUCGCGGCGGAGCACGAGGCGGCCCGCGUGCGGCGCGAGGCGAACCCGGAGCGGGAGCCGCUGUCUGCGCGGUACGGGUCGCGGUGCCCGAUCUGUUUCGGGGACUGGGACGUGAAUGCGAAGAGCGUGUUUCGCGACUGUUGCUGCCGACUAGUCUGCCAAUCGUGCGAGGACAAGCUCGGCACCGACGCGUGUCCCCUCUGUCGUUUACCGUUCCCAAAGACCAAUGCGGAACAGCUCGCGCGUCUGCGCCGCCAUGUGGAGAACGAGGUGCCGGAAGCGAUUACGAGUUUGGGAAGUGCGUACCAUUUCGGUGCAUUGGGCCUCGUGAAAUCCGACAAGAAAGCCGCGAAAAUUUGGAAGCGCGCCGUGGAGCUCGGAGAUGCGCGGGCGAUGAUAUUUCUUGCGUACGCGUACCAGACUGGAAGUGGCGUCAAACUGGACAAGAAGAAGGCGGAGCGGCUGUAUCGCAUGGCCGCAGACCGGGGCGACGCGGGCGCGCAAUCCAAUUUCGGGGCUCUCCUUCAUGCUGAGGCGAAAUUUGAAGAGGCGAUCCGGUACCUUGUGCUCGCGGCGGAUCAAGGCCAUACCGUUGCAGAGAAUAACCUUGGCUGUUGUUACAAGCACGGAGAAGGCACGGACGUCGACCUCGGCAAAGCCAGAUACUGGUUCGAGCGCGCCGCUGCCAAGGGCAGUGAGCUCGCUACAAGGAACCUCGCGGCCCUCGACGCGCAAGCGCGAAAAACUCGUACAAAGCUGGCGCUCAACAUAUGCACGAUCUGCGGCGCCGACAAAGCGAAGGCGUGCAAAGGGUGCGGCACGACGGCCUACUGUUCGACGGACUGCCAACGCAUCGACUGGCGCGACCGGGGCCACCGGAAGGUCUGCAAGAAGAUCCAGGCCGCGGAGGCGGCGCGGGCCGAGGCGCCUACGCCCCCGCCGUCGCCGCCGCGGGACGUGUUCUACGGCCCCGCGCCGCGGUCGCACGCCGACGAGGUCCGCGCGCGCAUCGCGGCGGAACACGAGGCGGCCCGCGCGCGGCGCGAGGCGAACCCGGAGCCCGAGCCGCUGUCUGCGCGGCACGGGUCGCGGUGCCCGAUCUGCCUCGAGGAGUGGGACGUGAAUGCUCCGGGCGUGUUUCGCGUCUGUUGCUGCCGGCUGCUCUGCCGAUCCGAAGGUCGGUUGGGCCUCGUGAAAUCCGAUAAGAAAGCAGCAAAAAUUUGGAAGCGCGCCGUGGAGCUCGGCGACGUGGAGGCGAUGAUUAAUCUUGGGUUAUUGUACGAGAAUGGAAGUGGCGUCAAGCUGGACAAGAUGAAGGCGAUGAAGCUGUAUCGCGCGGCCGCAGACCGGGGCCACGCGGUCGCGCAAUGCAAUUCAGGGAUUUUACUUGCGUCUGAAGAGAAAAUUGAAGAAGCGUUCCGGUACUUCGCGCUCUCGGCGGAUCAAGGAUAUACCGAUGGAGAGACCAACCUUGGCAUCUGUUACAGGGACGGAGACGGCACGGAAGUCGACCUCGGCAAAGCCAGAUGCUGGUUCGAGCGCGCCGCUGCCAAGGGCCUCGAGAGAGCUAUAGAGAAUCUCGCGCGCCUCGACGCGCAAGUAUAGCCUAAGUAUUCACGCCGCGUC